AUGCUGGCCAACGAGCUCCUUCCGCUGCUUGUGCGGUACUGGCCGCUUGUACUGGCAACAACGACCAUUGCAUAUCUACUCAACAACAAGUACUGGAAAGGACUGAACAAGUACCCAGGGCAUUGGGCAGCCGGAUAUUCCAACUGGUGGCGGUUAUGGGAUGUGUCAAAGAAGAACCAUCAAUGGACCAACCUCGCGUUGCAUCGCAAACAUGGCGACAUUGUCAGGUUAGGCCCAAACGUUCUGUCUUUUGCGGAUCCAAAGGCUAUCAAAGCCAUCUAUGGGCUUAACAAGGGCGUCUACAAGUCUGACUUUUACCCUGUCCAGGGCGCCGUGUCCAAGGGAGCGCCGCUGCUCUCUCUCUUCUCCACCACCGACGAAGACUUUCACGCAAAGUACCGCCGAUGCGUUAAUAACGCCUUCGCCAUGAGCUCACUCGUCAACUACGAGCCUCUCGUUAGCUCCACACUCACAUACUGGCUCGACAAAACCGAGGAUAUGUUUGCCAAGACUGGGCAGAGCUGCAACUUCAGUCAAUGGUUGCAAUUCUUCGCCUUUGACGUCAUCGGAGAGUUGACAUGGAGCAAACGACUGGGUUUUGUCGAAGGAAACAAGGAUGUGGACAACAUUAUCGGCUUCUUGGGCAAGUUCUUCGACUACGUUGCGCCGAUCGGUCAAAUUCCCAUCCUCGACCGUCUUCUAUGGAAGAACCCCAUUAGCCUUUUUGCCCAGCGCAUUGGUCUAGAUAAGCGUGUUCAUCCUGUCACCCUCUUCGCCCUGAACCGCUCCAGUGAGCGCGCUACCCAAGUCGAAAAGAUCAAGCGCUUCGGUCUUUCCGACGACGAAAAGGCCAACCCUCAUGGUAUCGACCUCCUCUCCAAGUUUGCCCAAGCAAGCCAUGAUCACGAUUUUAUGGACGACAACCGCAUCCUAUCAACCUGCACAUCUAUGGUCUUUGCCGGUUCGGAAACGACAGCCAUCUCGCUUUCAGCUGUCUUCUAUUUCCUUGUCAAGCAUCCACGUGUAUAUCUGAAGCUCAUGCAGGAGCUCGACACCGCUGUAGCAGACGGAACUAUCGAAUCUCGUUCCGACAAGACAGUCUCUUGGCCCGAAGCUCAGAAGCUUACCUAUCUUGACGCUGUCGUCCAAGAAUCCUUCCGACUUCACCCUGCACCCGGUCUCAUACUUGAGCGCGUCGUGCCUAAACAGGGCAUGCAAAUCUGCGGCGAAUUCAUCCCUGGUGGCACGAUUGUCGGCUGUAACCCCUGGGUCGUACAACGUCGACCCGAGGUUUUUGGUGUAGAUGUUAAUACAUUCCGGCCCGAGCGCUGGAUUGAGGCUAGCCCGGACAAACUCAAGGAAAUGAAGGGGACCAUGUUGCAGUUCGGCGCUGGGGCUAGAACAUGUAUCGGAAAGAACAUCAGCCUCUUGGAAAUCUACAAGCUGGUGCCAAGCUUCCUGCGUAGAUUCGAGAUUGAGCUUGAACAACCCGGUGCUGAGUGGAAGACCCAUAACGCAUGGUUUGUCACGCAGAAGAACUUCAACACGGUAUUCAGGCCAAGAAGAGGGUCACCGUGA